AAAUUGAAAUUUCUCUGUGACGCCAAAAUGCAAUUUUGUCAGUUUUGUGAUUAGUAGAAGAAAGCCAGCACCAGCAUUAGUUGUGAAUUUUUCUUGUUUCUUUCCCUGGGAUAUCUUUUCUGUGGUGCUCAGAAGUUUGUAAAUGCUGUGAUACUGAUUUUCUUUUUGAGAAAUUGCUGGAAAACGUAGUGAAAAUAUUUCUAGGGACUUCAUACCCGGGACAUUAACAAUAUCAUCGGACAACCUCAUAGGAUCCAGCAGUUUCUUCGGCAGCAUGGCCUCAAAGCAGGGAGUGCGAGUGACUAGAUCCAAGACCGGCAGCUCUAUCGUUGAUCAUAAUGUCAUCCAGACGCGAAAUAAGCGAAAGGCUGAUCCGAGUCCACUCAAGAAUGACAAAGUUAAAAGAUCAGCUCUUGGAAAUCUCACCAAUGCCACUGUGGAGCAAGCGACGGAGACUAAACUUGUUUCUAUGAUCCUGCCAGUGAAAAAAGCCAUCAAAUGCGCCGUCCAUGGAAAAAAGAAGACGGCCAAGCCGAAGGAAAACACCACGAAAAUCAAGACUGAAGCAUCGCAAUUUGUACCACUGCCAGAUAAAAAGUUAGUCGAGAAUACGGAUAUUCUUGAGAAUUUACCAUCAUUGACGCGCCCCAUGACAAGAGCCGCAGCUGCUCGGAAUGCGAUUGUGCACGAAGCUACGGCUGUGAAGCCAAAAGACCCAUUCGAGGCGGCAAAAGCCCCCAUAAGGCGGAUCUCUAAUGAAUUUGAAAAGACUGGCGAGAGUGUCUACAUGUCGGCUCUCGAUGAGACACCCAGUUCUACGCGGUGGUCCAUCAGUACGAAUCAAAGUGACACCAAGAGUCGUUCAAGUGUCACUAGCUGGGAUGAUGACGGGGGAAAGUUACGGCCACCAACUCCGGCAAAGGUGAUUCGAGAUCCUGUGCCUGACACAAUUGAUGAUUUUGACAAGGAGAACAUUCUGGAUCCCUUCCAAUUGUCCGAAUAUGCCCCGGACAUUUUUGAGUAUCUCAAGGAGCGAGAGAAGCUCUUUCCCAUUGAGCCCUACAUGGAUAGGCAACCGUCACUCUCGACGUGGAUGCGAGCGCUCCUGGUGGACUGGAUGGUAGAAGUGCAGGAGUCUUUUGAAUUGAAUCAUGAGACUCUCUAUCUUGCUGUCAAACUUGUGGAUAUGUACUUGUCGAAGGUUGUGGUGUCCAAAGAAAAGCUCCAACUCUUAGGUGCCACGGCAAUGCUGAUCUCAUGCAAGUUCGAUGAGCGCGUACCACCACUCAUUGAUGACUUCCUCUACGUUUGCGAUGGGGCGUACAACAGCCGGGAGCUCAUUGCCAUAGAAAGAGAUAUUUUCAAGACAAUCGGCUUCGAUUUAGGAAUACCACUCUCCUAUAGAUUCCUCCGACGAUAUGCUAGGUGCGCCAAGAUCGAGAUGCCUGUUUUAACGUUAGCACGUUACAUUUUGGAACUCUCUCUAAUGGACUACGAUACCAUUGUUCUUAGUGAUUCAAAAAUGGCAGCUGCCGCUCUUUAUAUCGCUCUAAAGAUGACUGGAACAAGGGAUUGGGAUGAAACUCUUGAAUAUUAUUCUGGCUACAAAGCCAGGGAUUUUAUGCGUAUAGCUGUUAUUCUCAAUAAUGGUCUUCACAAAAAAUUCAAGGAGCCCUUAUCAACGAUAAGAAAGAAAUACUCACACAAGAUCUUCCAUGAGGUAUCCAAGAAGCCACUGAUUAAGAGCAUUCAACUUUGUGGUGCCCACAUGACGCUUAAGGAAUUCAUGGACUGCACAUAAGGAGUCCCCAUGUGUGCGCCUUUUUGUCUCUAAUAUUUUGUUUUAGAACUCCUAUGGGAGAUUGCCCCACCUCAUAGCCAUAUUAAACAAGAACUUAAACUACGCCAAGGGACAUUAAUGCUCGUUUGUUUUUUAAUUUUGUAUGUUUGUAAUUUACAAUUUUUCUUUAAUGGAAAAUAAAUUAUAUCAAGUAGAUCGCUUGUGAAGAUAAAAAACGAGCAAGAAUUCUCUACAAAUUUGUCAUUUAAUUGCAUUCAUUAUUUAAUAAAAACCAAUUUUUUUCACAA